AUGAAUUUCAUCAAAGCAACUCCUAAUCUCCGUCAAAGCUCCAACAACUCACUAACCCUGCCGGACCCUGAGGAUAGUUUUACUAUAAUUAUGCAAACGUACAACCGCACUGAUAUACUCCUCAAGCUCCUCAACCAUUAUCAGGCUGUGCCUCACCUACCGUGCAUCAUUAUAGUGUGGAACAACCCUAGUGAGUCGCCGCCCAGGAAACUGUGGGACGCCUUCGGCCCACACCCUGUGCCCGUCAUCUUUAAAGAGCAGAGCGUCAACAGAAUGCGCAAUCGCCUGCAGCCGCACACUGAGAUCAAGACUGAUGCUGUUUUGAUGCUAGAUGAUGACACGUUGAUCAGUGUUCCUGAUAUCAGCUUUGCAUUUUCUGUCUGGAAGCAAUUUGUGGAUCAGAUUGUGGGUUUUGUUCCACGGAAGCAUGUGACCACAGCAUCCGGUGUGUACAGCUACGGCAGCUUUGAGCUUCAGGAUCCAGACAAAGGUGGAGGCGACAGGUAUUCAAUGAUCCUGGUGGGUGCAGCGUUCUUCCAUCGUCGCUUCCUGCAGCUGUUCCAAGAGCAGCCGGGUGAAGUACACACUCUGGUCGACCAAACGCAGAAUUGUGACGACAUCGCCAUGAACUUUGCCGUGGCACGUCAACUCUCACAGGUGUCCGGCUCAAGCGGGGUGUUCGGGAAGCCCGUAGACAUGCGGAAUCUGGAGAAGGAAGCCAGCAGCGGGUAUGUGGGCAUGUGGCACAGAGCGGAGCACAUGCUGCAGCGCUCCUACUGUCUCAACAAGCUGACACACAUCUACGGGAACAUGCCGCUCCGCUACUCCAAUAUCAUGAUCUCCCAGUUUGGCUUCCCUAGCUAUGCUAAUCACAAGAGCAGGAUAUGAUGUCAGCACAUUUGAGAGACAGACAGGAACAGUCUCAAUUAAGAGAUAUUGGAUCAUCCUUUUUGGACAAAUCAUCUCAAAAUGUACACAUCUCAACCAAAACCCUUUUGUCAAAAGUUUGACAGAAUUUUGAAAUUCACUGAUGGUUUUAUCUG